AUGACCGUCGGCUCCUCGACUGCCUCGGGGUCAGCAACGCCCACCAACCCCGUCGACGCCGAAUCCCAGCCUCUGCUCAAGCCAGCGCGUCCAAAGACCCCUCUCCCCAAACUUCAGCUCUUCCUCAUCUGCGUCGUUCGUCUCGCCGAGCCCGUCGCGGGUACCCAGAUAUUCCCUUAUGUCAACGAUAUGUGUGUACGGAUGGGGUAUGCCAGUAGCGAGGAGACGGUUGGGUUCGUUAGCGGGCUCAUCGAUUCGCUAUUCGCCUUCGUCCAACUGUUCACCGUCAUGUACUGGGGCCGACUCUCAGACCGCAUAGGCCGCAAGCCUGUCGUCCUCCUCGGCCUCUGCGGCGUCGCUUUCGCAACUCUAGUAUUCGGGCUAUCACAACAUCUGUGGCUCACCGUCCUUGCCCGCGCGAUGGGAGGGGCGCUGUCCGGGAACGGAGCGGUGAUACAGACGAUGAUAAGCGAGAUGACGGACGAGACGAACGAGGCGCAGGCGUUCGCUCUGUUUAGCCUUAUGUGGGCUGUGGGGUGUAUCGUUGGUCCCUCGAUUGGGGGGUUGCUCUCCCGCCCGGCGGGGAACUUCCCGAGUGUGUUUGGCGGGGUCCAGUUCUGGGAGAAGUACCCGUACUUCCUGCCGUGUCUGUGCAGCGCGGGCAUCACGGGCGUGUCGAUAUUGACGGCGUUGUUCUUCCUCAAAGAGACUCAUCCAGACAAAGCACGCCAUACCCAACUGCCCAAAGCCGUCCAAGCGUCCUACAGCACUAUCCCCCCCGAGCCGGACACGGAGUACCCGAUCCCUCCACCGCCCACCCGAUGGGAAAUCCUUUGCUCGCCGGCAAUCCCCACCGUCUUCCUCACAGCAUUCAUGAUGAUGCUCGUCGACGAAUCCUGGGACAUCGUCUUCAUCCUCUUUGCGUACACACAGGUCCGCCUAGGAGGAAUGAGCAUGAGCAACGCCCAGCUCGGGUACUGUCUCGCCGGUGCCGGGCUAACAGGGGCGUGUAUCCACCUCUUCCUCUUCCCGCGCUUUGCUCAGCGUUUUGGAGUGCCUAUGUACCCCUGGCUCAUAGGGCUGCAUAUCCCGAUGUUCGCCAGUGCGGCGCUGCUCAACGCACUCCUCCGUCUGGCCGGGAGCGGGCAGACGAGGGGAGAUAUCAACCCCUGGCUGACAUACACCGGCGCAGCGCUCCUCUUAGGCGCAAACGGGUUCGCAACCAUGGUAUUCCCUCUGAAUAUGAUGAUCGUGCGCCGAGCCGCGCCUAGCAAGCUAGCGAUGGGAGCGACGUACGGGAUGUGCCAGAUGGUGACGAGUCUCGCUCGGGCGGUCGCGCCUUGGUUCGCUAGUAGCUUGUUUGCUUGGACGGUGCAGACGGGGGCGUUGAGCGGGCAGAUGGUGUGGGGGGUUAUGGUCGUGCUUACGGGGUUGGCGGUGGGCCAGGCGUUGAGGGUUGGAGGGGCGCUGAGGGAGGCGGGCGAGAAGAGGGAGUUGGCUGGUGGGGAUGAGUAGAUGAGGCAGGUGCCUUCAUGGUACGCGUUUGUCCG